AUGAGAAGGUUCCACACACCGAAGGGCGAUAACACGGUGUGCCAGUUCAACUCUUCAGCGGUGAAAUACAUCAGCUCCACGCUGAAGUGUCCCGCUCGGUCACUGAACUCCGAGGCGGCGGCCAACGCCAACAGUGUUAUUCAGAAAUCUGACGCGAGCAUAUCCGACGUGUUCCGCUCCGACGACUUCAGGAACGCAAAGAUGAUACUGACCAACGUGAUAUCGUUCAAAGGCUUUUGGCGAUUGUCUUUCAAUGUAUCAGAAACGCGUGUGUUACCCUUCUACGACGAGGAGCAGAAGGAAAUUCGAAUAGUCAAUAUGAUGCAGCAACUGAAUAAGUUCCAAGUUUCCAACGUAACAAAGAUCUCCGCAAUGGUUUUGGAGUUACCGUAUAAUGAUUACUAUUCCUUCCUGGCUGUUCUGCCGCACGUUGGCGUGAAAUUAGCCGAAGUGUAUAGCUGUGUAGAGACGGUCAGCAUGAGGGAUAUUUUGGAGCUGCUGGAGGUGGACAAUGAAAUUUUCGGCGAGAGGAGCGUCAUGGUAAACCUGCCGCGUUUCAAGAUCAGCACUAACGUCAUUUUGAACAGGCCGCUUCAGAGCAUGAGCGUGGUGGAUAUUUUCGACCCGAAAACGGCUAGCUUCCGCCUGGUCUCCGACACUGAGGGCCUGUACGUGUCGGCGAUCGUCCACAAGGCUGACAUUGAAGUAAACGAAACAGGAACGAUCGCGUCCCACGCGUUGACGAGUCGACUCGCUGAAUUGGUGGAGCCCGUGUAUUUCAACGCCAACCGGCCCGUCCUCUACUUCGUCGUUGAGAAGUCCACAGCAACCGUCAUCUUAAGCGGUGCCUACUCAAAACCGACGAUAUAU